AUGAUAAAGUAUGGACGUGCAUGGGCCCUAGUUGUGAAGGUUUAUGGCUUUCAGCGCGCCUGGCACUGGAAAGCAAGCAGCUCAAGGCAUGAUAGUAGUGUAAGUUCCUCAAAAUUGUUAGAUAGAGGAAUGCCUUGUACAUUGGUCAACAGACUUGCCGUAAGCACUGCUGUGGCGGCGCCUGCAAGGAGGAUGUAUACGGGAUGCUGCGAAGUCUGCUCGUCUGCAGAAGGUGCGGAACCGAACUCCUCCGUUCUCUGCCAUGAAUCUUAUUGCUUUUAUAAUCUUUGUUUCGUACACUGGUGUUAUGAUUCCACUCCUUCCAUCGACGGGAAAGCGCCUCUGCCCAUGGACGAAGGGGCCACUUCAUUCAUCCUGCCACGUAUUCUAUAUGGUGCACUCGCCCUUGCUAAGAAGGCCUAUCUAGCCACCAUCGAAGGGUUUAUGAAUGGAGGAUACGCCAAGCCUCCAACCGAUCUCAAAACCGGUCGCCCCCUCAUGACCCAGUCAUUUGAAGGAUUUGCUGCGGCCCUGCCUUUCCAGACAGCAUCCAGUGGAAUAGCCACUGCAGGAGGGGCCCUUCAGGCGGCCCCUCCUGGCAACUUCUCUUCUGAUAAUCCCUCAUCGGCUGAUAUGGGUACAGCAGUAACGGAUACGGACGUUGUUGACGCGUCUACUCCAAGUUUGAGUAAUAAAGCAAGCUCCGAUUGGUUUUUCUGGGAUGCAGACCAACCGUCGGAAGAAGAUCGAGUAAUUGCAUAUUCUUCCCGAUCCCUCUGGAGGCCCACGAAGCAGAUGACAGGCGUUCCGCCACCCCGCACACUCCUUUCCGAAGGAAUAUUGCACGGGCAGGUCCGUAGGUCUAUUAACAAAGGACGGGGGGGUGAAAGAAGCAGCGUCUUCUCCCGAAUUGUUGGAUGGCCAUGGACCGACCCUGCAAUAGCUGAGGCUGAAGCUGUUUCUGAUUUGGCACGGAAAGUACACCACUGGAAUUCACAGCGCCACCGUAAACCCGGGAGCAAAACUAAACUCAUCUUCGCUAUGCGCCAUGCAGAAAGUGAAUUUAACGUGUGGCGGCGUGAAUCCUUCAUGAAGCUUCGUUUCAGGGAUAUGCUCAAAAGGGAUUGGGGAGAAUGUGAUGUACAAUUGUCACCCGAAGGCCAGGCCCAGUGCAAGAGGGCCAAUGAGAAGCUAAAAGCUUUGCUGGCGGCCGUACGUGAUCUGGAGGAGGACGAAAAAAACGAGGGCAUCAGCAUAUCACGCCCAUUUUGCAUUGACGCGUUCCUUGUAUCACCACUUGUUCGGGCGCUGCAGACUGCCGCGAACUCGUUUCAUGAAAUCGACUCGAGCUGGCACUGCUCCUCGACGAACUUGGCCUCAGCUAGGCAAAAGAGGAGUGUUACCUGGAUAGUUGACAGUAUCCUACGGGAGAAGCUUUCCACAAUGGGAGAUGUCGGCACAGAGCGCUGCUCCCUGCUUUCUCGACUUGCCGACUUACACAAGCAAGGGAAAUUGCAGUCCAGCACCUUCGACUUUGGGCUUGUUCCUGAGAGUGAAAAAUGGUGGGUUCCCGACACUGCGGAGCAGAUCCGGGCUCUUGUUGAGAAUUGCAGCUACCCUAAAGGGAGUGGCAGUAGCUGGUCAGACACGCAGAGCACAUCAGCGUCAGAGACAGGACAGGAUGCAGGCGAUGCCGUUUUCAUCGUGGGAAGUGCAUCUAAGCAUCCUCUCUCCGUUGCCGAAAGUUCAAUUAAGAAAACUUUUGAGCUGGCGGAGCGGCCGGCGCGGGAUCCUGACGCGGCACGCCGCCGCAUGAUGGAGUGGGAGGAACGCAGUGCAAGGCUUCCCUUCUACCAAACGGUGCCCGAAGAGAGCAAUGACUUGUUGCAGCUGCGUGGGACUUUGCUGCUGUCUAUUCUUUGCCGGGCCGAACUUGUGGAUACUGCUUUCAUUGUGACGCAUUCUUUGUUUCUCAAAGCCCUUACAGGCACAAAAAAGUUCGCAAACGCGGAGAUCCGAGCAUUUACGCUCGUUUGCGACAAAAACCCAAGGCUGGUUCCCUUAUAG